AUUUCUUGCAUGUAAUAUGUAUUGUUGAGCGGUCGACGAGUGACGUGGUGGUAUCCACCUGUCGUCGUGUUGAAAUUCAUAUUAAUAUAAUUGUUCACACGAGUCAAAGUGUUUGUUGUUUAGUGUUUUACAAGUAACAAGUAACAAGUUCCUCUGAAACAUACAAAAACAUGGAAGAUGAUUUGGAAGCGCAAUUGACAGCGGAAGAAGAGGAGGAGGAAUUAACUGCACAAAGUGCUUUAGUAGCGAUAGAAGAAGCUUGGUUGAAUGAAAAAUUCGCGCCUGAGAUUUUACCACACCAGUUUGAUUUGGUUGACUGUAUGCUGCAACAGAUCGCUCAUAUGGAAGAAAACAUGAAGAGGUUAGAGAAAGGAGAUAUAAGAUUAAUGAUUCAUAGAAUGGAGUUAGAUAGGAUCAAGUUCGUGAUAUCUAGUUAUCUCAGGGCUCGAUUGGAGAAAAUUGAAAGAUACACCAUUCAUAUACUCUCGCAAGAAGCAAACAGGUCUUCUGAAAAAUCUUAUCUAACAGCUGCAGAGCUCCGAUUUGCAAAAGAGUUCCUUGCAAGUGCCGAAACACUUUUUAGAACAGUUGCUUUGCAGCAUAUGCCUGGCAAUUUUCAGGCAUUUGAAGUUAAUAAAUUAACUGUAAAACCUAAUAUGCAAACAUAUGUAUUUUUAAGGGCUAAUAACAAAGUCAGUGGAAUCAUGCUUCCUGGUUCUAUAGACGAAGAAAUAGAUCUUGAGCCAGGUUCUCAACAUAUUAUACAAUAUAGCACGGUUGCAGAUUUAGUUAAAAGUGCUGCUGUUAGGUUAAUCUAA